AUGAUUCUCUUAACUCUCUUCUCCAAUCUUCUCCUGUCUGGCCUGACAGUCUCUCACCCUCUCCAUGAAAGAGAAGAUGAAGUCCAAGAAAGAGCCAUAUUCCAGGAAACAGGCUUUAUCAUUGAUCAACAUAGCCGAGCAAGGGAGCUAAUGAUUGCAUUAGAGAAGACGCAGCGGCAAGAUGCCCAGUUCCGGGAUGGCCUUUCUCCCGCUUGCAAGCAAGCAGACAGAAUUGUCAAGAAAAUCCGAGAGGAAGAUAUCAAAGUCCAUUGGAACGGAAGCAAUGGUUUUGCUGGCGAAAUGUUUCCCUUGGCCCGCUCAAAGAUCUCAAACACGACGCUGUGGAAAAUUGUGAAGGGUAUGCCAAAAGGUGCGCUGCUACAUGCGCAUCUUUCGGCUAUGCUUCCCUACAACACGUUGCUUUCAGCCAUCAUUAAAGCAGACAUGUUAUUCCAGGCCAACGAAAGCCUAGGCACCCCAGAGGGCCGCCAAAGGGCUACUGUUACAUUCUGGCCUCCCGCCUACGCCGUCAAGAACGUCGACAUCACCUCCGAAGACUACAAGGGUCAGAGGGUGAAUAUCUCCCAGGCCAUCGUGCAGUUUCCUAGAGGUGAAUCCGCAUUUCGCGAGUUCGUCGUGAGCAAGCUGGUGGUUCCGCCUAAAGUAGCGACUCAGCACGAGUUGGGUGUAGACGAGAUCUGGCGGCGUUUUCAGCCCUUAUUCUCAUCAGCGUCGACCUUUUUCACCUACCAACCUGUCGUACAAGUGUUCUGGCAGAACCUGUUUGCUGAACUCGCGGAAGAUAAGAUCAGCUGGGUUGAAAUCCGUUCUGGAGGAUCGACCAGUAAACUGAUCAAACCUGAUGCAACGGUAUCGGAUGAUGUAGAUGGCAAGCAAUGGUGGGACCUUAUGGUACAAGAACUGGAGAAAUUUUCGGUUCAACACAACAGCACCUGGCAGCAGGAACGCCGUGCCCCCUUUUACGGUGCCAGGGUUAUCUGGUCUGACCAGCGAGGCAAGCCUACCGCGGAUAUCCUGAAAAGCAUGAGGAGUGCACUGGACAUGAAGAAAAACUAUCGAAAGCUGUUCAGUGGCUACGAUCUAGUCUCGCAAGAAGAUUUGGGACGCACACUUCUUGACCUUGCGCCGGAGCUCCUAUGGUUUCAGCAACAGGCCAAGGAGGAUAAUCUUAUAAUGCCCUUCUUCUUCCAUGCAGGAGAGACGCUUGGUGACGGUAACUCGACCGAUCUGAACUUGUUUGACGCCGUCUUGCUGGGGACACGAAGGAUCGGUCACGGGUUCUCCUUGUACAAGCAUCCCGAGCUGAUCCAGGCUGUGAAAAAGAAGAACAUAAUGGUCGAGGUGUGCCCCAUUUCCAACGAAGUCCUUCAGCUGUCGACGGAUAUUCUCCACCACCCCCUGCCAGCCAUGAUUGCACAUGGCGUUACGACGGCUCUCAGCAACGACGAUCCAGCUAUGCUAGGACAGGAAGCUGCCGGGCUUAGCUAUGAUUUCUACCAGGUUAUUCAGGGGUUCGACAAUGUUGGGCUCGCUGGACUGGGUGCCCUCGCGCAAAACAGCCUCCGCUGGUCUAAUUUUGAAGACCAAGAUGAUAAAGAAUGGGGGUUGGAUAUAGAGCUUGGCGAGGUAGGAAUGGGAACCAAAGGGCUGCGCAUUAAGGAGUGGAAUUCCCUGUUCGAUGCUUAUUGCCAUGAAAUUGUAAAUAAGCACAAUGGCACUUAUGGUGGCUGA